UCGGCCGCGCUGGCAUAAAGUAAAAGUCCUUUAUAUCAUUGCACGGCAUGUCACUUUGUAUUUGUCAUAUUGGGCAUACUUCGUGCGUUCAAUUCGGCAUACGUCCCUCCCAUGGCGGCCAUUGAGUUGACGUGUUUUGUUUAACUGGAUUUCUCCCCGAACGAGAACUCAAAAGUAUGUAAAUAUGCAGCGAAAUUACCUACCCGCCGGCGAAUGAUGCUGAUCGAUAUUUACUCAGGUUCCGCAGUGAUAUCACUCACUUGCUCUGAAUGCUUUUUUGUGCUCAGGACAUAUGCGCUUUGGAACAGUAAUAAGAUCGUACUUGUAGCCAUGCUAUCCGCCCUUUUUGCUGUCAUGGCAUCGUUCAUCGGCAUUUGUUUUGGCGCGAUCGUUACUUCUUAUGUCACGACUAGCGCGAUCCCAGGUAUCACAGGCUGCUACCGGAGCUCAACCCGCGUCCAAUUCUUCUUGCCAUUUCUUCUCUCGUUUAUCUUUCAACUGGGACUUGUUUCCUUGACGCUCAUACGUGUCGUCCAAACCUGGUGGCGAGCGUCCAACAACAAUACACACGCCGUCCUGGUGAAGCACAACAUAUUCUAUUAUGUAUGUGGUCUCUGCGAGUCAGCACCAAUCCAGCAUUAUUGUCGUCCAAGCAUUCGUUUGUACGUACCCACAGAUCUCUGUUCUGGUUGAAACAUGGAAUGAGGUCGGAUCCUACCAAUUUUUUAUGUUUCAACCGCUGCUAGCUAUCGCGAGCUCAAGACUGACGCAAGGCUAUCCCUAAUUUU